AUGGAGUUAAGAAGUACAAAGCUCAAGGAGUACAAAACAUCUUUAAUUAGUUUAGGGCUCUAUGAAGAAGGAAUGAAAUUCGAAGAAAUGCAGCAAGUGAUGCAAGCAUUGGAGGAAUCGCAGCUGGAAUGUGAGACGGCUUUCUUUGAAAGCGAUCUUGAGCAUGCUCGGAAGGAAAGCGAAUUGGAAUAUGUCCAAAUGCAUUGCGAUGCUCAUUCAUCUACAAUAAUUAUGCAGGCAAAUGAAGAGCAUAACGACAAUAUAGUUAAGUCGGUAACGCACUGCCACAAUACUCCAAUGCAUAGUUUUCCAAACUCCGAUACAUCACCAUUUAGCAGCCCAGAAAUAACUGCGAAGAAAUUAGUUGUGGAAGCUAUAGUACAUCACGAACUAAAUUGGAGUCCACCACGGAAGAAUAAUAAAAUAGAUGAGUGUUUUAGACCUAAAUGCUUAAAUAGUAGCUACAACAAUGGAAAUACCGAAAAACGUAAGGUAGUGGAAAAUGAAGUUGUUGUUUUUGGGGCUAAGCGAUCAAAACAUCCGACUACCUCGUCCCCCAAAACUUUUAGAAGUGAUUCAGGAAUUCACUUUGAUUUAAAUUUAGAGGAUAUUGAUAAAAGCAACGAGCACUACCAAUCGGAUCCUUCACUUUAAUA